AUGCGUGAUCUUUUGCAAUGGACCGCUGUGACGGUCCUGCUAGCCUCGGCUUCGGCGGUGACUAUUCCUUCGCCUUCUGAGGGAGAUAUUCGACGGCGAGACACUUGUACGGGACCAAUUGCCUCGUCUCCCACCUCCUACUGGCUUCUGGAACAAGACCACACAGGCAACGCCCGCGGUUACGCCCCUGAAGUGUUGUCAAACCCAAACUACCCCGUGUGGCGCAACGUGCAAGAUUAUUCUGCCUCUGCCGAUGGAUCUGGUGACCAAAGUAGUAGCAUUCAGAAUGCGAUCAAUGAUGACGGAUCUGGUGGCAGUCGUGAAGGUCAGGGUGUGACCAAGUUCGCCGCCGAGGUGUUUCUCCCCGGAGGAACGUACCAGCUGGGCAGCACCUUGAACCUCCGCGUCGGAACCGUGAUUACUGGUGACCCGCUAAACCCGCCCGUGCUCAAGGCGUCCUCCGGUUUUAGCGAUAGCACCUUGAUCAACGGAUAUGAUAGUGGCAAUGGGGCGGCAGAGACAAGUUUCAUGACGCUCCUUCGUAAUGUGGUGAUUGAUACUACGGCUGUCAGUGCGGGCACACAGAUCACUGCUUUGCAAUGGGGUGUAGCUCAAGGAUCUGGCUUGACCAAUGUCAAAAUCAAUAUGCCCACCAGUUCGACUGGACACACCGGGAUUGAUAUAAACGGCGGGUCAACAAUUGCCGUCACCGAUGUGCAAAUUACUGGUGGUGCUGUCGGGAUCAAGAAUUCCAAUCAGCAGGUCAACUUCAAGAACAUCUACUUCAAGCAGUGCACAACUGCAUUUGAUGCCUCGGGUGGUCAUACGGCUCUUCUUCAGGGCGCAACAUUCGAUACAGUUGGCCUGGGUAUCGAUAUGAGUAGCAACGGUCUCGGAAGUAUGGUGCUGUUAGAUUCUAACUCUACCAACUCGGGCACUGUAGUGAAGUUCUACGAUUCCUCCAAUGACAGCGGAAACCGCAACAGUCAAUUACUUAUACAGAACCUCUUCCACGAUACCCAACACUCGAUCGUCGUGGAUAGCAACAACAACGAGAAGCUUGCGGCCGUUGAAAAUGUUGAUACCUGGGCAUGGGGCAAUGUGACACCGGGUCAGUAUGAGACCGGCACCAAUUUCACGACUAGUCGGCCGGACGUGCUCCUAUCCAAUGGCAAGUACUACAUCCGCAGCCAGCCUACCUACGCCGAGUAUGCCUCGAACCAGGUUGUCAAUGUCAAAGCCGUUGACGGCCACCCCGUCAAGGGCGACGGAUCGACAAAUGACGUCGAGUCGCUUAACGCUAUUCUUGCGGAUAAUGCUGCAAACUGCAAGAUCACCUACUUUCCGUACGGCGUGUACACCGUCAAAGACACGCUGAAGAUCCCCAUCGGCUCGCGCAUUGCUGGUGAAGCUUGGGCCGUGAUCUCUGGGGCUGGCGACGCAUUCAAAGAUGCCUCAAAUCCCAAGCCGGUCGUUCAAGUGGGUCAGACGGAUGACACUGGGGUCAUUGAAAUCCAAAACAUGAGGUUCAGUGUCGGUGAGGUUCUUCCUGGUGCAACUAUUCUCGAGAUCAAUGCGGCCGGAACGAACCCGGGAGAUGUCGCGCUAUGGAAUACGAUGGUGACUGUGGGCGGCACUGUAGAGACCAGCAUCAAAGAUGACUGCGACAAUCAGGACACUUCUCAGUGCAUGGCGGCCUAUAUGGUCAUGCAUUUGACAGCUUCUUCAUCGGCCUACAUCGAGAACUUCUGGGGCUGGACAGCCGAUCACAACUUGGAUGGAGGAUCAAACUACACUGUGAUUUCCACCGGACGUGGUGUUCUUGUUGAAGCUACCAAAGGCACCUGGUUGAUAGGUACCGGAUCCGAGCACAACUGGCUAUACAACUACAACUUCCAUUCCGCGCAAAAUGUCUAUGCCGGUAUGCUCCAGACCGAGAGCCCUUAUAUGCAAGGCGACGGUGCUACUCAAACUGCUCCAGCGCCCUGGACAGCUGACCCGUCAAUUGGUGACCCCGAUUUCUCUUGGUGUGACACCAAUGAUCAGAAGUGUCGCACCUCCUUGGCAACCAAUGUCGACGGAGGUAAGGACGUACUUCUCUAUAGCAGUGCGGCAUGGGCGUUUUUUAAUGGCGAGUGGACGGGUGACUACAGCACUCAAUGCGAUGGAUCUUGCCAGACGAACAUGAUGCGUGUUGCUAACACCCCGGAGAACCUUGUUUGGUACUCUAUUAACACGCGGAAGACGGAUGUGAUGAUUCUUGAUGGUCAGUCAAAUCCGACUGAGUAUAAUCAUCCUGGCGGGUGGGAAGCGAUUCUUGAGGCCUAUAGACAAUUUUCCACUUGA